AUGACAAGGGUCCUUGCCUUGCCAAGGCACAUGAGUGUGGUUGCGGAAGAAGAAUUUAUGCUUCUGCUUCACUUGCGCAGUUUGGUGGGGCUUUCGAAAACGCUCCGCCCGGCCUUGUCUUUUCUCACGCGCAAUGAAAUUCUUCAGGAAGCCCGGGAGGUCCUUACUGAGGAAGACCUGCUGCAAUACGUGGUGUUUGCUGAUCGCCUGGCGAGAACACUGGACGGGGAGAGCCUCGUCGCAUUCCCUCCGCCGCACUAUGGUGUGACACAGCCGAUCUCGGAAGCAGAGGCCUUGGCGGUGCAGUUUCUUCAGGAAGGCUCAGGAUCGCUGUGGACAGCCAUCCGUGAGGUCGCCCGGAGCCUGGACUUUGAGGAGGAUGCCAGGCCGCACGCAUGUGGCCUUUCCUUUAGGCUUGGCCUGUAUAGCAAAGGCGGGCUGGUGGGCCUGACUAAGUCGAGUCGUGGGCAUUGCGCAGCUGCCAGAUUGCUCAACACGGCCAUCCUCAAGAUUCUGCAUACGCACACGUGGACCACCCUCAGCAUCCACCUCGACGACAUGACCAUGCCGCACUGUGAUAGGGCCAACGCUCCGGGCAACAGCCUAUUGCUGGGUCUUACUCAUCACAGCGGUGGUGGACUCUGGAUUGGGGAUGGCCAGGGAAAGCAUGCUAUGCAGAUCGAUGGGGAGAUGUGCAAAGGUACUAUCUAUAACACCCAGGCCCAGGCGAUACUGUUCAACGCCCGCGAAUGCAUGCAUGGCACUAUUCCAUGGAGCGACAAUCGCUGCAUCAUUGUGGCGUACACCAUCGGGCAGCACCGCCUCAUGAGCCCGGAGCACCGAGAGUUUCUUUCGGAGACAGGCUUUGUUGUGCCUCCACCUAGCCAUGAGCAAGACGAAGCUGCUGAGGGUUCAGGCACACAGCCGCUCUCGGCCCAGAAUGGGCAGCAGUCAUGGCCAGUCGACGUCGCUCGCUUGAACCAGAAGCUCCGCCUGCUGCGGAGGGAGCUCCCGCUGGCUCGAGACGAUGGCGGCGAGACAGGAGCGGCAGCAGCGGGCCAGGAGCAGGACCCAGAUUACACCAUGUGCAGCUGGCUGCGGACGUUACGCGAGAAUCCCACAGAGCCAUCCAUGGGACUGGGUGCGGCUGUAGAUGCGGAUGCAGGAUCGGUGAGUCGGGCUUUUCGCUUUGCUUUUGGCGAACGCCCGGACCGCUCUUUGGAAGGCCUUCAGUCAACGAGGGCAGAGGAUGUGGAGAUGAUGGAUGCUACGACUGGGAUAGGCAGUGCAGCAACCUCCUCUGCAGCAACCUCCUCCACGAGCCCCUUGACGACGGAGCAGCACCGCAUGCUCCUGGCGAGUACAAUCCUGGCGAAUCAUCUCAUAGAGCCAAUUGAAGUUCUAGAUUCGGAGGAAGAGGCCGCGGAAGAUAUGCUCAAUCAGAUGGAUUAG